AUGAAUCCAAGAUAUGAUGGCACUUCAUGUGAUAGAGCUUUUACUGAACCAGACUAUUUGUCUUCAGGCAAUGCAAACAAUACAGCAGUUAAUUUAAAUGUAACUAUUCCAUUCAACGAAUUAUACGAAUCCAUUUUAUCAUUGGACAAGGAUAUUAUGUUGAAUGAAACAUUAUUGGUUAGAUUUGUUUGGUCAGAAUUACCAAAUAUUGGUUUUGGUGCAGAUGCCUCUCUUACUCCUCAAACAAAUCCAGUUGCUUUAACAGCUCCUGCUGGACCCAAUAUUGCAAGUCCAGAAGGUUUCUCUUUACUUAUUCCUUAUUGUUGUACUGUAACAGCAUCACUUACAGGUACAAAUCAGCCGGUAUCAUUAAGAUUAAAUAGACUAAAUGGUAUUACUUUGGAAAGAAUUUAUCAUAGUUUAUUUGUUACUGCCUCAGUUGCAAACUCUGCCAUCUACAACAACAAUGUGGCUUCAACAAAUUUGGAACAUUUCUAUACCAAUAUUAAUAAUACUAGGAGAAUGCAGUAUGAUUAUUACACAGGUUUAAAUGAUGAUUAUAAAGCAUUGCGAGACAAAUUGAUAGAUUCAACCAUUCAAACACCAAAUAUCCACAACUAUAAUUGGUGUUGGUUGGAUAGAUUUGAUGAUGGAUCAUUUGGUAUUCUAGAUGAAAAUAUUGUUUCUGGUAUUGAUUUAAAUCUAGGAGAGGUUAAAUGGGAUUUUAUUGCAUUUUUAAGUGUAGCAACCAAUCUUACCCAUCAAUCAACAGUGGAAAAUGAAAUUCAACAAACAGACAAUUAUUAA